AUGAACUCCCGAGACCAGGCGGUCCCAGAGGACGACCCCCUGGCCGAGCUCAUCACCACCUACAACGAGCUCAACGGCGCCUUCAUCGAGGAACUCGACGAGGAGCCGAGCCCUCUCGAGUUCAUGCGCUACGUCGCCCGCAACACACCCUUUGUCGUCCGCGGCGUCGCCUCCUCGUGGCAGUCGAAUAAGACGUGGGAUAAGGAGUAUCUGCUGCGCAUGUUUAAAGAUCAGACUGUGAAUGUUGCCGUGACGCCUUUUGGUAAUGCAGACGCUCCAACCGACCAUGAAGGAAAUGUCGUUUUCGCGAAGCCACACGAGGAGGAUCAGGAUUUCGAAGAGUUUCUCAACUAUGUAAUCAACCAAGAAAAGAGUAAAGAUACGGCCUCAGAAGUCAGAUAUGCUCAGACACAAAACGACAACCUCCGUAACGAAUACCUCCCCCUCUUCACCCACGUACCCCCCUCCAUCCCCUUCGCCCGCAUCGCUCUCGACCGCGACCCGGACGCCAUCAACCUCUGGAUCGGCGCCUCCCGCUCCGUCACCGCCCUCCACAAGGACAACUACGAAAACAUCUACGUCCAGGUCCGCGGCCGCAAACACUUUGUCCUCCUCCCGCCAUGCUGCCACCCCUGCGUCAACGAGACGGCCCUCGCGCCCGCGACAUAUUCUCGUCGGAGAGGAAAAGAUGGUGAGCUGGUGUUGAAUAUGGACCGGGCCGAAGGCAGCGAAGGCAGUGAAGCAGAAAGAGGAGGAGAAGAAGAAGAAGAAGAAGAAGAAGAAGAAGAAGAAGAAGAAGAAGAAGAAGAAGAAGAAGAAGAAGAAGAAGAAGAAGAAGAAGAAGAAGAAGAAGAAGAAGAAGAAGAAGAAGAAGAAGGUGAUGAAGAAGAAACGGCAACAUCAAAUACUAUCCCCUUUGCGACGUGGGAUCCGGAUCAGCCGCAGGUCAACGCGACGCCCUACUCCCACCUCGCCGAGCCCGUCCGCGUCACGCUGGAGCCAGGUGAUAUGCUCUACCUACCCGCCAUGUGGUACCACAAGGUUUCCCAGUCCUGUCCGGAAGACGGCGAAGGCUUCGUUCUAGCCGUCAAUUACUGGUACGACAUGGAGUUCAGCGGUCCGUUAUACCCCCUCAGCGCCUUUGUGAGGAACGUCAGUCUCAAGACAGCACCGGCAACUUCACAAGGCAAGACAACAUAGCACAUGAGCAAGCAUCGCCCGAGCAUCAAAAAAAAG